UCCAUAAGAGAAGAAGAAGGGAGAGUCUUGAAGACAGUGAAUCCGCUGCUGAUCAGCAGAAUCAUGAUCAGAACCGCCUCCGUCGUCCUGCUGCUGCUGGCAGCUCAGAUCGCAGACUCUCAAAACUUUAACAACACUGGGAAGGAAUUCGUUGUCGUUUUUCCAGAAAACAUUGCCUACUAUCAUCCUACUGAUCCAAUAAACGAGAUCUGGGUCACUGCUCUGCAUUCUGAUACAAGAAUCACAAUAGAAAAACUUAAUAUAAAUAGCCAGCCUUUGAGAGUUACAGAGACGACAAAUUUUACCACGGGUCUGGAACUUAAGAAGCCUGACAUUCCUGAGAAUUCAACCUCUUUAAAUGUUUUCAGCAUUUCUGACGAAGCCAUCAAGGUCACCAGCACCAAAGACGUCGUCGUUCAAGCCAUCAGCCUUAGAAAGAAUAGUGUGCAAUACGCUCCGGUUAUACCUUCUCACAAACUUGGCACAAAGUACUUCAUCCCACCAGUUCCUGGACUGGAAGAAAGCCCUGAUGAUGGAGCUGUAGUGGUAAAUGUCACAGAGAGAGGUCCGUUCAGACUCAUCAUCGUCAAUCCUGGUGAAGAUCAGGCCAAUGUGACCAUUAAGGGGGGAGAGGAGUUAAGUGGUGCAAUAGAACCUGGGAAGGUUGCUCAGAUCUUGCUGAACAAUAACGGGCAGUAUCAGUAUGUCGAAGCAGAUAGGCCUGUGGCCGUCUUCUUCAGCCACCCCUGUGCUUUUCAGGAUAACUGCACCUGUGGGCUUCUGCAUGCCAUGGUUCCUGCAGCCAAAGACGACAAAGAAGAGUUCCUCAUUCCUCCGAUUUUGGCUGAGCAGGCAUCCAUACUACUGUCUGAUGAAAAGUCCAGAACAUCUACUGACUCCACAGCACCUGUUGAUUCUGAAGGGACAGUCAUCCUUCACAAGCCCAGCUUCCUACUCACUCUGAUGUCAAAAAAAGAUUUUGGCAGCUGUUUUGUUCUCACACCACUGAGAUAUUUGAUAAAAAGUUUUCACAUCGUGGUCCAUAAGGAUGACAAAAACGGCAUUUACAUUGGAGGAGAUCCUGCAGGGUAUACAGGUUGGGAGGAGUUGAAGGGAACAGACUAUGUCUCAACACAUGUCAAGGUAACAUUUCAAAAGGAAUUCAUGUGGCACAAUUCCUCGGUAAUGGCCGUGUACCUUGUGGGAGAGAAGAACGGUAGAAUGUAUGGAAACCCUGCGCCUGUUGUGAGCUCAAUCCCAGAUUACAGGGGCUGUGUUGUGACUCCAGAGGUGAUAGAGAUCCUUGAUGAAGAAAAAAGGUGGAAAGAAUCCAUCAAAUCCUGUGAAACUAAAAGCCUGAAACUUAUCAGCCUUUCUGACAACAGACUGCAGAAACACUUGUGCAGUAAAAUAUCCGCUGAAGGUGUGAAGGAAGCGUGGAUCGGGACGCGUCGCAGUUCUUUGACUGGGGACUGGUACUGGUUGGACAAACAGCAAUUCGGAGAUUCAAACUGGGCUUCUGGUAAGCCUGGAGACAAGGACCAGUGUGCUGUUAUGAGUCUGAAACCCAACGAUGACUGCAGCUGGAAGGACAAGAACUGCUGCGACGCCAUCCGUCCUUUCUGCUACAAACCUCCAGAAUUCCUGCCGAUGUAGUGAAAAAAUGUCUUCCUGGACAGAUGGAGGAGAAGCAGCCUGCUCCGAUCUCUCCUGUCGGCUGGCAGUGAGCAGAACCACUUCUGUAAUUACUAUAGUCCUUAUAGGCUUAGCUUUAGCCUUUAGCUGCGUUCAGUGUGUUCUAGUUUGGUACUUUUGGACAGGACCUGGCAGAGAAAUUCAAAGUGAAGGAUUAGCAACACGAAGUAGGCGUCUUAUUGUACUAGUUUUGUUCAACAGUUAGUUUCAGCUCGUUUCAGUUCGGAUUUCUGCUCCAUUGUGAGUGUUUUGUUUUAUUUCCGCUGAUUAGCUCCUGUGUUUUCGAAACAGGAAGCCCCUGUAUCCUUUCACCCAAAUCAAAGCUUACAGGUGUAGCAGUGCGGCCACCGUCCUACGUAUCAGAAACACCGUUCACUCUCAUGUGACUAAACUU